GAAGGUUCCUUUUCGUAAUACAGUCGUCGGUUCAAAACUCCCUCGCCCAUUUUCUCUUUCCCUCUCCCUCUGUUCCUCCUCUUAUCUUUCUAUCCGUUUUUGAUAUCUUUAAUUCUUCAUAUAUUGGUACAAACACCCUAAAACAAAUUUUCACAGUUCGUUGGGUUUCUUUUUUCUAAAGGUCCGGAGCUAUGGGGUCAUCGGCAGCGGAGAGUGUUCAUCCAAUGCAGGAAGUUCUGCUUGAGUUCCGAGCUGGUAAGAUGUUUAUGGAGGGAACACGGGUGAUCCCAGAUACACGUAAAGGUCUUGUUCGCAUAGCAAGGGGUGAGGAGGGUUUGAUUCAUUUUCAGUGGCUUGAUCGGGCACAAAAUGUGGUUGAAGAUGAUCAGAUUGUUUUUCCUGAUGAGGCAUUUUUUGAGAAGGUCACUCAAUCAGCUGAAAGGGUAUACAUUUUGAAGUUUAGCACUGAUAAUAGGCGGUUCUUUUUUUGGAUGCAGGAACCAAAAUCUGAUAAUGAUUCCCAGAUAUGCAGUUCGGUCAAUUAUCACAUAAAUCGGCCAUUGGAAUUAGCUGGUGAAGAAGAACCCGAUGCUUCAGUUCCUCAUCAAAUGUCUGAGAUGUCUGAAGGCAUGGUUGAAGAUGAGAUUUCGUCUAGAGAUGGAAACCUGGUCGGUCCAAACUUGGGCACAGAAGUAACUAGUGAUGUCUCUUCAUCUGGACCAGUACAGUUGGCAGAUCUGCAGAGAAUAUUAAGUAGCAUUGGACCUGCAGGUGCUGUUGGAGAUGAGGAUGCAGGUUUGGGAUUAGGAGAUAUUCUUAAACCUGAAUUAAUCUUGCCUUUAAUUGAAACGUUGCCUUUGGAACAGCGAUUAGCAUCAUAUUUGCCUGAGGGCCAAUGGACUCCUGAAGAUUUGAUUGAGUUGCUACAAAGUCCCCCUUUUCGCCAACAAGUAGAAGCAUUUACUUAUGUGCUUCGGACAGGACAGAUAGACCUGUCUCAGUUUGGGAUUGAUCCAAGUAAAUAUAAAUUCACUGUUCUGUCUUUUCUCGAGGCACUGGACGACACUGUCACCAAAGCUUUAGAAUCUGAGGAGGCAAAGCAAGAUGAGAACAAGGAGUUAAGAUCUCAAAGUUGUAGUGGGAAUGAUGCAAUGGAUGAAGGUCAAUAGUGUAACUUACGUUUAUUUAUUCCCAUUCCCCCCGUCAUUCUUCACAUUGGAGUUUAAAUUUGGAUGCUGAAGCUAAAAUUGGGUUUUGCUCAUUUCAUGAAAAAAAUGGGUAAGUGGAAAAGCAUUGAUGGUGUCAUUUCUUGGUCAAAUAUUUUGUACACAUUAAACUAAUAAAUUUUUCAUUGUGGUUCUUUAUUUUUGAUUUAUGGUUUCAGAUGUUGUAAUGUACUAGUAUCUCAUAGUUCAUCAUCGACUUUGGGUUUGAUUAGUUGUUUA